CAGCCAACCAAUCAAAUAUGGGUUGUAAAAUCUACAGAUAUGAUUUUAAUUAGGAAGAAAUUAAUGAGAAUUGUUUCCUUAACAGAUUUGAUUUCUAAGCUGAGAGCUCCAAAGCCAUGCAUGUCAGGUAGAAGAAAUGGGGAUUCUGUCUUUUACUGCAUUUUUUAUCACUACCAUCGUUCUACUUUCCCUUUCUGACUCUUCCAUAGCCGUUGACACCAUUUUCGGAACCCAGACCAUCACUGACAGUGAAAACAGCACCUUGGUUUCCAAAUAUGGAAAAUUUGAACUAGGUUUCUUCAGUCCUCCUGGUAGAAAUAGUAGGUAUGUGGGAAUUUGGUACAAAGAUAUCCCAGUUAAAACUGUUGUUUGGGUCGCAAACAGGAAGAAUCCAAUCAACGAUUCUUCGGGGACUUUGAAGAUUAACAGAACAGGACAUAUUGUCUUUCUCGAACAGAGCACUAGUACUGUUGUUUGGUCAGCAAAACCAAACAAACCAAUCGAGCAGAUCAGUACUCCAAUAUUGCAGCUUCUGGAUACUGGAAAUCUAGUACUAAGAGAUGGGAAAGAUGAUGAGAAUUCAGAAGAGAGCUAUCUGUGGCAGAGUUUUGAUUGUCCUACUGAUACUCUGUUGCCAGGUAUGAAGCUGGGAUGGGACUUGAGAACUGGUUUCGAACGCAGAAUUGUAUCGUGGAAGAGCUCUGAUGAUCCUUAUCCAGGAGAUUUUAGUUGGGGAAUUGCACUUUGUAACUACCCUGAGUCUAUGAUGUGGGUAGGGUCCGAAAAGUACUGCCGGAAUGGUCCAUGGAAUGGUAUACGAUUCAGCGGUUCACCGGAGUUAAAACCCGAGAACCCUUUAUUUAGCUACGAAUUCGUUUCCAGCAAAUAUGAAGUUUAUUACAUUUUUCACCUGCGAAAUGAAUCUGAGAAAUCAAGGGUCGUUGUGAACCAGAGCAAUGGUAAUGUUAGGAACCGCUUUUUUUGGAACUCAGAGGCUCGACGUUGGGAUGUAUUUACAACAGUGCCGAGAGAUAACUGUGACAGGUAUGGUCUGUGCGGUCCCUACGGAAACUGUAUCAUUGGGGAAUCCCCUGCUUGCCAAUGUUUAAAGGGGUUCAAGCCAAAAGGAAACUUAAUGGAAUGGUCUCAAGGAUGUGUACGGAAUAAACAAUUCAGCUGCCAGGACAAAGAUUCAUCUGGGUUUGUCAGAUUUAAGGGCUUGAAAUUGCCAGAUGCUACAUAUACUUGGGUGAAUGCAAGUCUGAAUCUCAAGGAAUGCAGAGCCAAAUGCUUGAGCAACUGUUCAUGCACUGCUUAUACAAAUUCUGAUAUCAAAGGAGGUAGUGGGUGUGUCAUGUGGUUUGGGGACUUGAUUGAUAUUAGACAGUUUCAAGAUGGUGGUGGCCAAGAUCUACAUGUUCGAAUGCACGCUUCAGAGAUAGGUGGAAAUAGUGAGCGGAUGGUAGAAAAAGUUGUGGUGGUAAUUGUGGUGGUACUUAUUAUACUCUGUGGUUUGGUGUUGCUUGCUCAUCGCAUCCGCAAAGUCAAGACGAGGAAAGGCUUAGAAGAAGGGACCAGUGUAUUAAUAAUAAAUCAGAACUAUGAAAGAGAAGUAGAGGACAUACAGAUGCUAUUCUUCGACCUAGAAAAGAUUGUUAAGGCCACCAACAACUUUUCAAGCAGCAAUAAGCUUGGGGAAGGCGGUUUCGGACCUGUUUACAAGGGUACGCUAGAAGAUGGGCAAGAAAUUGCCGUGAAAAGACUUUCAAAGAGUUCAUUACAAGGAGUUAACGAAUUCAAAAAUGAAGUAAUACUGAUUGCCAAACUUCAACACCGAAAUCUAGUAAAGCUUCUUGGUUGUUGCAUUCAAGGGGAUGAAAAAAUGCUGGUUUACGAAUACAUGCCCAAUCAUAGCCUGGACUCCUUCAUUUUUGACAAGACAAAAUGUAAGCAAAUAGACUGGUCCAAGCGCUUCAACAUAAUCUGUGGAGUUGCAAGGGGACUUUUGUAUCUCCAUCAAGAUUCGAGAUUAAGGAUUAUACAUAGAGAUCUCAAAGCGAGUAACAUAUUACUUGACAGUAAAAUGAAUCCAAAAAUUUCAGAUUUCGGUAUGGCUAGAACUUUUGGAGGAGAUCAAAGUGUAGGAAAUACAAAUAGAGUGGUUGGAACAUAUGGUUACAUGGCACCUGAAUAUGCUGUAGAUGGGUUAUUCUCAGUGAAGUCUGAUGUCUUCAGCUUUGGUAUUUUGUUAUUGGAAAUCAUAAGUGGAAAGAGAAAUAGAGGGUUCUAUCAUCAAGAGAACAAUCUUAACCUUAUCGCACAAGCAUGGCGGUUGUGGAAAGAAGGCAGACCAUUAGAACUAAUAAGUCCAUGCUCCAAGGAUUCAAACAAUCUUUCUGAGGUGCUGCGCUGCAUUCAUGUCAGUCUGCUGUGUGUGCAAGAGCACCCUGAAGACAGGCCAAGCAUGUCUUAUGUGGUUGUGAUGUUAGGUAGUGAAAGCAGCUUGCCUCAGCCUAAACAACCUGCUUUCUCAUCCAGUAAAGACACUGUUUCAGCUGACUCUUCAUCCAGCAAGCACGGAUCCUCUUCCACCAAUGAAAUCACUCUUACUGAUUUAGGGCCUCGAUAAAGAUGUCUUUAAUUACAGUUCUACUAUUGUCGCUUAUAACAUUUCAAUAUACGGCAGAUUGUUCGUCGGACAAGCAUGGAUCAUUUAUUUUUACCAUUGAAAUUAUUGCAACUCUUUUAGCGCCUUCA